AGCAGCAGCCUGUUCCCUCCCCUUGGACAGGCAGACAAAGGCAGAGAGAGCUCUCCGGUACCAACCACGAUUCGCACAGCACGCAGACACCAUGGGGAACUGCAUCAUCACUGCGUCCAGCCACCUGGAACUAAACAUGAGCGAUUACAACUUUGAGAACAUGAUGGUGAAUUACUCCUCUGACUAUGAUGUUUAUGAGAUCUUGGCCUCUGCACCCUGCCAGAGUGGCUACUGUUCAUUCUUUCGCAGCUAUGCCUUCAACUUCCUGGUUGCAGUCUGUGCCCUGGGCCUGUUGAGUAACCUGGCCCUGGUGGUGGCCUUGACCAACUGCCGGAGUCUUUGGGGCUGGCCCCCUGGCAGAGCCUCCUUGUUCCAGCUGACGCUUGGCACCACCAUCUUCACAGCCAUGCUGCCAUUUUUUGCUGCAGGCAUCAGCCAAGGUUGGGUCAUUGGUGACGGGCUCUGCAAGAUGGUGUACAUGCUGUGGCAUGGGAUUCUCUUCGCUGAAGGGCUGCUGGUAGCUGCUGGCGCAUGCAGUGCCAUGUGGGGCAAAUGGGUUCCCAGACAGCACCACUGGUGCGUGGCCGUGGCUCUCUGGGUGGCAGCUGUCCUCCUGGCAGUGCCAGCUGCCUUGCUGAGUGGGACAGAGGGGCACCCGCAGGAGCUGUGUAUGAUGAGGGACAUGCAUGGGUGGCACCUGGCCCACGUCACAUCCUGCCUGGUUGUUUUCAUUCUGUUUCCUGUCGCACUGGGAGUAGCCAAGGCAAUGCUGACGUGGCGCAGGAGUGGCUCGCAGCUGUGGGUUGGGGUGACAUGUCUGUUCUUCCUUCUCUGGGUGCCAUACGGAACAGCCCUGCUCCUGGACUUACUGGUGCGGAGGCAGCUGCUCUACAUCAGCUGCCAUUUCUAUGAGCUUCUUGACUUCUUUCUGGGGCUGUCAGAGGGCCUCGGUGUGCUGCACUGCUGCCUCGGGCCCUUGCUGCUUCUCGGAGCAGGGCUGUAUCACCGAAGGACCCAUGCUGACCCAGGCCCUCUCCUCACACACAGCAUGUGACAGGGCUAAUAUUGCCAACCCCAAUGUUCAAAAAGCAUGAGUCAGGCUCACCAAAAAUCAUGAGAUUGGCUUUAAAAUUCUGUGAGUCUCUAAAAAUAAUAUUGGGGUGCUUUUUAUUUGCCUUCUGCUUUUUUAGCCUUUAGUGUGCAUGAGGGAAACAUUUUAAUGCUUUCUCUAUAGCCAUGAGGGCCAGAAACUGACUUUUUCUUUAAGAAUAAAGGCUGAAGUCAUCACAUCUCCACUUGGCUCCAGGAGCUGGGGUUUUCAGGAAACCAGUAAUUAUGAGACUCAUGACAAACUCAUAAGAGUUGGCAACAUAGGGGGCAGGGCUGCCCAGGUACCCUCCAGCUAGUGUUCUGCAUGUCCAUGUAGGUGCCCAUGCUGCAGUGCCUGAGCUCAACUUGCCAUUUCUGGCACUUUGUGUCAUCAUUUUCACCCAGGCAGAGCAGCUGCAUCCCACUUUCCACUGGUGGAAAUGACAACACAAGGUGCUGGGGGGUCAGGGAGAAGGCAGACCCCCGUCUCUCUGCCCGGGGCUGUGAAAGCAGCGUUCACAGCCCUGGGGCUGAGUUGGCCGAGCUCCCUUGCUCACCUGAGCUUCCUGCCACCAACUAAAGCAGGAGAAGGUGAGUGAGGUAUUAUCUUUAAUUGGACCAACUUCUGCUGGUGAGAGAGACAAGCUCUUGAGCUGCAUGGAGCUCUGAGAACCUGUCCCAGACCUGGGCUCUGUGCAGCUCGAAAGCUUGGCUCUCACCGAUAGACAUUGGUCCAAUCAAAGAUGUUACCCAACCCACCUCGUCUCUGUCAUAUCCUGAGACCAAUGUGGCUGCAGCAACCUGCAGCCAAUGGACAGGGCCUCUUCACUGCAGAGUUAACUCAAGUUAUAACGGGAGCGCUGCCCCUCACUCCCCUCCCAUCCACACACAAACCCUCACUCGAGUGUGUUGCUUUUAACUGGAGCUGGCUGGGCCAUCGGGGGUACAGGCAACAGCUCAGGCGAGCACAACUCGUCAGCAGCUAACACAACCACUCUAGUGUGGAAGCAGGCUAGCUCCACUCGAGUGCUGCUAGUCCUCCAGUGCCUUCCUACAAUUCCCCCGUGGCCUCAGCAAGGACAGACAAGUUCUCUCCUAGUUCACUGGGAAAGAAUCCAUAGAGCGGCUCAGCUCAUGCAACACUAAGAACUAGGGGACGUGCCCCCAGGAGCCAUAGUGCCUCACAUGAGCCAGGGCAGUGCCAGUGUGGACACAGCAGCUGGAGGAUUAUUGCACAGCGGGGCUGCUCUCACGUGGGCUGGGCUGACUCAGAAGGAGUCAGCUGAGCAUAGGGAGCUUGAGUUAACUGUGCCCUGAAGACAGACCCUGAAUCUCAACCUGGCUGAAACAGAACACUUAACCUGUCCCCCAAGCCCUCCCAGCACCCUGCUGUCUCGGUCCCCUGCCAUCACCAUCACUCCUGUAACCUGGGUAUUGACUUUGACUUAUCCCCCUCUCUAGACAUCCAUGCUGUGUCUGGAUCAUAUCCUUCCUUCCAGCCUGGUGUGUCUAAGACCCAGCCUGUCCUUUGGCCACACGGCUAUGUCUCUGGCCCAGACCCUCAUCAUCUCUCACCUUCAUGACCACAUCCUCCUCCUCCUCUCUGGCCUUGUCAAACCCCAACUUCCCCCUUAAACCCUUUCGAAAAGCUAUUGCCAGAUCAUUGCCUGCCUCAUUGGGCUCAGCGGGUCACACCCCUAUGCCUCCCUCUGCUGGUUAUCCCUCCUCCACAGCACUAAACACAAACAUCGUCAGCCCUUCC